CUUUAUUCAGAUGAAGUUCAAAUUGGCCCAGAAACAGUCAUGACUACUUUAUACACUGCUAAAAAGUAUGCCGUCCCAGCCCUGGAAGCACAUUGUGUGGAUUUUCUAACCAAGCACCUCCGAGCAGAUAAUGCCUUUAUGCUGCUUACUCAAGCUCGUUUGUUUGAUGAACCUCAGCUUGCUAGUCUUUGUCUUGACACAAUAGACAAAAGUACUAUGGAUGCAAUAAGUGCAGAAGGCUUUACUGAUAUUGAUAUAGACACAUUAUGUGCAGUUCUAGAAAGAGAUACCCUUAGUAUUCGAGAAAGUAGACUCUUUGGAGCUGUUGUUCGCUGGGCAGAAGCAGAAUGUCAAAGACAACAACUGCCCGUGACAUAUGGAAACAAACAAAAAGUCCUUGGAAGAGCUCUUUCCUUAAUCCGUUUUCCAUUAAUGACUAUUGAAGAGUUUGCAGCUGGCCCUGCUCAGUCUGGAAUCUUGUCAGAUCGGGAAGUAGUAAAUCUGUUUCUUCAUUUUACUGUCAAUCCUAAACCUAAAGUAGAUUAUAUUGACCGACCAAGAUGUUGCCUUAGAGGAAAAGAAUGCAGCAUUAACAGGUUCCAGCAAGUAGAGAGUCGCUGGGGCUACAGUGGAACAAGUGAUCGGAUUAGGUUCACAGUUAAUAGAAGAAUUUCCAUAGUGGGAUUUGGAUUAUAUGGAUCUAUUCAUGGACCCACAGACUAUCAAGUUAAUAUACAGAUAAUUGAUUAUGAGAAGAAUCAAACACUAGGACAAAACGAUACUGGAUUUAGUUGUGAUGGAACAGCCAGUACAUUCAGAGUUAUGUUCAAAGAACCUAUAGAGAUUUUGCCAACAGUUUGCUACACAGCUUGUGCAACGUUGAAAGGCCCUGAUUCCCACUAUGGAACAAAAGGUUUAAAGAAAGUGAUCCACGAAUCUCCUACUGCUAGCAAAACAUGCUUUGUCUUUUAUAGUUCACCAGGUAACAACAAUGGUACAUCAAUAGAAGAUGGACAGAUACCAGAAAUAAUAUUUUAUACCUAAUUUCACAUGAUCGUCUCCAAUGUGUCAGUGUAUUAGUGGACUUCAGCUCACUAUUGGUGGCAGUUAAAAAAUUCUGUGAAAUUACAUGAAUGUGUGAAAACAAAACUAACUUGUUUGAGAGGUACCAGAAAAGCUAUUUUCUCUACAUCGUUAUUGGCAGAAUGUAAUUUAGCUUGACAAAAUGUCAAGUGGAAUAAGUACUCUGUAUAUUGAAAAGAUCGGUUUAAAUAGUAUCUUGUGAUUAAUUGCAUUGCAUUUUCACCUCUUCAUUUCUCAUGUAGUAACAUUCAUUUUUUUGAACUGGAAAAUCCUUCCUUCUUGUUAAUGUUUUCCCCAACCUGUCCUAAAAAGACAGUAAAGCUGCUGCUGUAGUCCCAGCGUACACUUCUUUCCAAAAUGACCUUAGAAUGACCCUAUGGACAUGAAUUGCUACUAUAUUUUUUUUUUGAAGUACAUCAGCAAAGCCGGAUUCAUAUUGCUGUCAUCUUGACUUCUUGGAUGAGCUGUGGAGAAUUAAUGGACUUAGCACUGGAGACAACAUCUGCAGCUGCGCUGAAGAAAUACUUUGUCAAAUUCAGCAACACACAGAUCUUUCCAGAAUCUCUCUUAAUUCAGAAGGGCUGUUUUGGAACAUCGAGCUGGUUAUAGAAAUAGCCACUGUAUAUACAUAAUGUGCCUAUAAGAAAAUGUAUAAUGUGAAAAUGAGAAUACAAGACUUGUAAUGAUGUUAUUUUAUCAUUGGACAUUCUAAUACUAAAAAAUAAGUAUGAACAAA